AUGUCUCUCAGAAUUCUCCGAUCUCGAUUCUCCUCCGUAGCUUCAUCUUCAUCGAAGCGAUUCCUCUCAAUAAAUGCAGCUCCUCAACCUCCUCCUUCUUCCGCCACUUCCCCUAACCGCUGGAACUUCCUCAAAUAUGCUGUCAUCGGUGCUUUCACCGCAACCACUGUUUUUACCGGCUACGCGUCUUACGCUUAUAGUGCGGACGAAAUAGAUGAGAAAACAAAGUUGUUUCGUCAAUCAGCUAAGAACACUCCAGCUGAUGGAGCUACGGCUCUCGAUAAAUUUCAAGGGCUGGUAUACUCAACUGCAGUUACAGUGCCUGCUAAAGCAGUAGAGCUUUAUUUGGACACAAGAAGGUUAAUUGAAGAACAAAUUAGGAGUUAUACAGAGCCAUACACAGACAAGCUCCUUCCAGAUUUGCUUCCUCAGGAGCAACAUGUGUUCACACUUGUUCUAGAUCUCAAUGAAACAUUGAUUCACUACAUUUGGACGCGAGAUACAGGCUGGCAGACUUUUAAAAGACCUGGAGUUGAUGCGUUCUUAGAACAUUUAGCUCAGUUCUAUGAAAUAGUAGUGUAUACAGAUGAACAAAAUAUGUUUGUAGACCCUGUUAUAGAGAGGCUGGAUCCCAAGCACUGCAUUAGGUACAGGCUAUCAAGGCCUGCUACUAAGUAUAAGGAUGGGAAACACUAUAGAGAUAUUACAAAACUAAACAGGGACCCUGCAAAAGUUAUGUACUUAAGUGGCCAUGCUCUUGAAAGUUGCUUACAACCUGAGAACUGUGUCCCUAUUAAGCCAUGGCUGCAGACUGAUAAAGAUGAUACAGCUCUUGUGGAUUUCAUACCAUUCCUUGAGUUUGUUGCCCGUAGUAGUCCGGCUGAUAUAAGACCAGUGCUACAGUCUUACCAAGGAUCUGAUAUUCCAAGUGAAUUCAUCAGGCGUUCCAAAGAGCAUAUGAGGAAAACACAAGGACAGAAACGUUUCUGGAAAUGA